UAUUCGUGGUAUUUAUGAAUAAAUCGUAAUUUAUGGAUAAUGGAAAUAAAUUUAGAUUGUCAUUUUGAUUGAAAGUGAGUUUUUUUGUAUUAAGUAUAAAACAAAACUUACCUUUUAGUGUGAAUAUAAGGUAUCUAUGAGAUCGAGUUGGAUCCCGAAUUUGAGGUACAAAUCAUAUGAAAGUAAGGCAGGUAUCUGGCUGGUUAUGAUUCUAUUUAUCCAUCUUGUACAAAAUCCUAUAUCCAAUCAAAUUCAGCUUAACUUUCAUCAAAAACGAACGAGAAAAAUAUCCAUAAAGGAAAUAAGAUAUGUUGGAGAUGAUGUGUUGCGAUUUCUAAUCGUCUUUCAAUUCAUAGAUGUCCGUGAAACUUCAGGCAUUUUUGGAAUCGGUAAUAAUCUAAUCGAUGAUUAACGGACAUACCAAAAUG